CCGGCAGUGCGGUGCGUAGCAGCACCAGGAUAACUGCUACAGAUCGGCAAUGUAACCCACACAACUAGGUAGCGAGUGGCUAAGGUUGGGCGGCAGCGCGGUAAGGUUAUCAGGCCCCAUGGCCAUCGCCGUCAUGGCUUGCUUGCCGAGAGAGACGGGCGGCCACAAAUCUGUCCGACCCAACCCACCCGAGCGCGAAGAGGACCGGGCCUGUCUCAGGUCGCGGCGGAACCAGCCUUUGUCUCCCCUCCCUGGCUGCCGCCUUUCGUCCCAUCUUUGUUCCAUCAUCGCCCAUCUUCCUUGCCCUUCUCCUGCCGAUCAGCGACCGGAUGGCAUGCAUCCCCUUGGCCUUUGCCUCACAUCCAUGGCGGCUGUCGUCUGAUCGGGAGUCACUAUCGGUCGAGUGUUCUCGCCGGGGGGGCUCGACUAUAAGACAAUACCUCCUCUCUCUGGAAAGACUCUCUGUUUGAUGUCCACUCUCACCAUCACACUCAACAGUAUCAACUCGACUCUUUCCAUUCUUUCCAAGUUCUGCGAACUCCUUCCGGUCAUUCCCUUCGAAUAAUAACCAAACACGUUCUUUGCGAGCCGGCUCGAUAUUUCAUUCAACCUUUUUACCACCACCAAAAUGAAGACCCAGACCCUCAUCAUCGCCCUCCUCGCCGCCGCCACUGAGGCAGCCCUGGUCCGCCUACCCAGGCAGAACAACGGCACGGCUGCGGGCGGCGCGGCUGCCGGGGGCGCCGACUUCGGCUCGUGCACACCCACGAUGGACUUCCAGACCGGCCGCGCCGAGUUCAACCGCAAGGCCGACGAGGGCACCUUCUUCCCCACCGACGCGACCCUGGUCGGCAACAGCGGCCAGAGCGACGCCCUGAACCCCAACAUCAUAACCAAUUUCAUCUGCGACCAGCUGACCAACGUCUGCGGCGCCAACGACGCCGCCGUCUCCCAGUGCGAGGACGCCCAGGCAACGGUCCAGGGGCUGGGCACCAAGGACGCGAGUACUGCUGAUGCCUUCAACUCCGCCCUUGGCUUCUAAGGGAGACAAUCGGAGCUGCUGGGGUUGUCCGUGUGGCGGGAAAAGCGACGAGGAGCCGUGCGCGUGUAUGAGGCCAGGGGCUUGUGUCGAGUUUCCAAUCUCCUAGACAUAUGGGCAGGCUAGAGUUUUCACGCGUUAAUGCAGACCCAUGACACCACCAUCCCAUGUGUUUUCCCUUAGUGUUCAGGGGAGAAGGUGCCCGGUGAACAAUACGCAUGGGCAACAGGUUUCAGAGGAAUGCACAUACCGAGAUGCCAAUAGGGCUCACACUGCCGCCAG